UUACAGACUAAAACAAUCCCAACAACUACAGUCCAAGUUUUCCAAUAAUAAUAUUCACUCCAAUUUAUUUGAUGUGUUAAUAAGUUUUCAAAUUAUAUUUUUAUGUUUCAUUCACUUCUUUAUUCCAAAAGCGGAAACUCGUUUUUUGGUUUCACAUCGGACCGAAUAUCAGUUGGGACCAUACGUAGGAAGUUGAUUAACAGCUUUGAAGCAAAACAGCAGCCUCUGUUUUGAUCAUGGUGGUAAACUCUCCCUCUCCUCUGCCUGAGAGAGCCAUUUAUGGGUUUGUCCUUUUCCUGGGCUCAAAGUUUGGCUUCUUUCUGUAUUGCCUGUGGGCAUUUAUACCAGAUGAGUGGCUUCAUUCAAUAGGUCUCACUUACUGGCCUCAAAAGUAUUGGGCCCUUGCUGUGCCAAUCUAUCUGCUGGUUGCAGCCGUGAUCACUUUUGUGGUGCUGUUCGGGGUGAACAUGACCAACACGGCCCCACUCGACUCCGUGGACAACAUCACAGAUGUGUACGCUCAAGGCCAGAGGACAACAGACUGCCACAAGGGGGGAAUACCCAGACUGAAAGAUGUUUCCAUUAGUGAAGUCAACAAAAUUUUCUAUUUGUCGCCCAAGCGAUAACAAACAUGAACUGAUUUUAGCCGGAAGCAGAGUAAGAAGUGAAGCUGCAGGGGAUUUAUUAUGGUGUCACUGUUUACCCUUUGUUUAUAAAAGAAGGAUUCUGCUUUAUUUAUUCAUCCAGGAACAAUGCAACAUGGGAAAAAUAUGUAUGGUAAAGAAUAGACUUUUUCUGAUCCUUUACGCACAAAAUGAUGUGCUGUGUUAAUAACUGUGAUAUGCUGAAUGUGAUGUAACACCAUGUCACGGUGCGAACGAAUUAACCUAUUGUACGUUGGAUGAAAAUGUAGCAUAUGAUUAUAUUCAAUAAAUACUUUUUAUACAUA